CCUGCAAAAGUCUCAAAUAAUUUCUCAAUACUUUUCUCAACUCCGCUUUCCGAUCUUCAAUGGCGACUCUUAUCAGCCACCGUGAAGUGGCCCCAGCCGGCAACCCCGCCGAGAUGUCACUCCCCCUCACCUUCUUCGACAUCCCAUGGCUCUUCUACUUCCGAAUGGUACGUCGCCUUCUCUUCUAUAGGCUUCCAAUUUCCAAGGAAACUUUCGUUGAGACCACAAUCCCAAAUCUAAUCGCUUCUCUCUCUCUAACCCUCAAACACUUUAUUCCGGUGGCCGGAAACCUGGUUUCUCCGGCCGAUUCUUCCGCCUCGCCGGAGCUCCGCUACGUCCCCGGAGACUCUGUUUCCGUCGCCUUUGCCGAAUCCGCCGGCGAUUUUAACUCCCUUGUCGCCAAUCAUCCCCGUGACGUCAACGAAUUUUACCCUCUCGUGGCUAGAUUACCGGGAACGAAACGUACGGCGGAUAAUGAACAGAUAAUCGUCCCUGUUUUGGCCGUUAAAGUCACGCUUUUUCCGGGGUUUGGGAUAUGUAUUGGCACCACGCAUCACCACGUUGUCGGGGAUGGGAACACGAUGAACAAUUUCACUAAGGCGUGGGCGAUGAUAAGUAAAGUGGGCGGAGAUGGAGAGUUCAUAGCGGAGAAAUCUGAAACGGAAUCUUUCCCGUUUUUUGACCGGACGAUUGUGAAAGACCCGCACGGGGCACGGGACAAAAUGUUCGGAGAAACCAAGAAAAAGUUGAAGGUUGAGCCAUCGGAGGCCGAGGUUUCAACCCCUCCAAUCGAUAAGGUUCGGGCAACAUUUAUCAUGCGGCGGGCCGACAUUGAUAAGAUCAAGAAUUUAGUCUCAGCCAGACAAAGAUCCGGAGGAGUUCGGAGUCUUCAUGUCUCAGCUUUCACCGUAACAUGUGGUUAUGUGUGGAGUGGCAUUCUGAAAGCCAAGGCGGUGAUAGGGGAGCGAACCGCGGAGGAGGAAAGAACGGAGUAUUUCUGCUGUGUAGCCGAUUGUCGGAGUCGCCUGAACCCUCCACUUCCGGCUAGCUACUGUGGCAACUGUGUAGUGAACUGUUUAACGAAAUCUAAGCAUGGGGUCCUGGUCGGAAGCCAAGGGUUUUUAGCUGCGGCGGAGUUGAUCGGAGAGGCAAUUGGGAAAGGGGUGAAUGAUGAGGAGAGGAUUUUGAAUGGGGAAUUGUGGUUUUCGGAGUUUGAAGAAGCGGUUGUGGGGGAGGGAGUUGGAGUUGCUGGGUAUCCAAGAAUAGACUUGUAUGGGGCAGAUUUUGGGUGGGGAAAGGCGGAGAAGAUAGAGUAUGUGUCCAUUGAUGGAGGGGAUUCUCUGUCCCUUUGCAAGUGUAGGGAUUCUGAAGGUGAUAUGGAGAUUGGGUUGGCCAUGCCUAGAGCAAGAAUGGAAGCUUUUGCCUCCAUCUUUGCUCAUGGCCUUAGUAGCUUAUAGAGGUUUCUUGAGUUUCUUUUCUCCUUCACUAUCUUCAUUUUCAAAAUUGGGUUGUUAAUUUAGUUGCUUAAUUAUAUGAUUGGCUCUUGUAUGUGUACUAUAAUAAAUAAUUUUGACAAAACCUUCUUCAAGAAGAGUACAAAUUUAGAUAUGGGAGGUGAUUCCAACCAAUUUCGCUGUACAUUUGACUUGGCCAAUAAUUAUAAAAUUUUAAGUUCAA